UAUCUCUUCUGGGAGAGGCUUACUAAAUCAACAGAAACUACAAAAGAAACCCUUGUGAAGACUCAUGUUUAGAGUUUAGGACUGAAAAAACAGGAAAAGACAAAGACAUGCAACUCUCAAGGGCAAUAGGGUUUUUCCAUGGAAACAUCUUCUUAUUUAGUACCACAAUAGGGGCAGGAAUAUUUAUAUCCCCUAAGGGGGUGCUGAAAUCCUCCUCGGGGAACAUUCCUGUCUCCCUGAGUAUUUGGGCACUUUGCGGCAUACUGAAUAUCGUCAAUGGCCUCUGUGCCGCGGAGACAGGUGCCACCUUCCCUAGAAGUGCAGCGGUUUAUUUUCUCCUCAAAAGAACUCUUGGAUCCUGUGUUGCUUUCCUUCAUGUUUGGAUCAAACUUUUUGGUUAUUUCAUAGGACUAGCCGCACAAAGCUUGUUGGUAGCAAGCUCUCUAAUUCAGCCUUUCUAUGCUGGGUGCUCCCCUCCAGAGCUACCAAAGAAAUGCCUAGCUUUGGCCAUUUUGUGGUCACUGGGACUUCUGAAUAUUCGAGGAGUGAAAACAGUGUCCUGGUUUCAGACUCUCAGUUCUUUGGUGAAGGUGGCUAUUCUCUGUUUCAUUUCCCUAGCAGGGAUAGUGCUGUUAGUGAUGGGGAGAAAGGAGAAUGUUUCCAGAUUUGAGAGUGCUUUGGAUGCUGAACUUCCUGAUGCCUCACAAAUUGCUGAAGCCAUUCUCCAAGGAUUCUACCCAUAUGUGGGAUCUACAGUCCUGGUAAACAUUGCAGGAGAGGUGAAGAAUCCUUCUCGGACAAUUCCCAGAUCAUUGAUUUCUGCUUUGUCUAUUGUGACUGUGAUAUACUUAUUGACUAAUAUAUCCUACCUGACAGUUUUGACACCAAAGGAAAUCAUCUCCUCAGCAAACUUCCAGAAAUGUACUGACUUAGAGCAGAGUUCUGCAAUCUCCCAAUUUAUAAUAGGAUCAGAUUCUGUUGCUGCCACAUGGGUGGACAGAGUGCUCCCUUCCAUGCAAUGGGUCGUUUCACUGGGGAUUUCAGCUUCAGUAAUUGACACCAGUUCUUGUGGAAUCCUUUCUGGAUCGAGGCUUCUCUACGCUGUAAGCCAAGAAGGACAAUUGCCUCUGAUCUUCUCUAUGCUCAAUGAGCACCUCUCUCCAGCUGCAGCUGUGAUCCAGUUAACCCUUUUAACCUCUAUUGCUGUUAUACCAUCAAAUAUGACCAAUUUAUUGAAAUAUGUGGGAUUAGCUUCAUGGGCUUUAACUGGACUAACUAUGACUGCUUUGAUUAAAUUAAGGUACCAGCAUCCAGAUCUACCAAGACCUUACAAGGCUUGGCUGCCAAUGAUAUUUGUAUCUUUAGUGUCUUCUGCCUUUCUAAUUUUUAUGCCAAUCAUUCAGUCUCCUAAGAUGGAGCAUAUUUACCAAGUUGUCUUUGUUUUAAGUGGAGUUCUGUAUUACCGGCUCCAUGUUCACCUUAAUCAGCAUUCUGUUUUUUCUGAAAAAAUCACUUGUUAUUUACAAUUAUUAUUUAAUAUGUCACCUUCAGAAGAUCAACAAAAUUGUAUUUCUACAGAAAAACAUGGAUUAUAAACAAAUAUUUGCUUCAUGAGAAGCCACUUUGAAGAUAUCAAUAUGUAAUACAACCACCAUUGUUAAUU